UUGACCAAGUACAAAACAGAAAAAAAAUUGGUUUCUCUGUGAUGUUAUUCCUUAUUUGUUGAUCCUUAGCCUACCUGAACUUACCAACGAAUUAACGGCAACAUUAAAAAUAAAGUCAUAUUAUUGUCACUCUAUGUCAUUUGUCAACGCACAUGUGGCAAGUGACAGUAAUAUUGACUAAAAAUAUUGUACAAAAAAAACUGAACAUUGCAUAUAUAAACAAUUUACGCAUAUUAAGAUAGGUACUGAGAGAUUGGAAUAUUGCCAAAAUAUUAAUUUGCGAUGAUUCCAUUUUCAAACGGGUUUAGCAUGUACGGCCAACUAAAAACAAUCAUCACUAAACCACCGAAACAGCUUACAUUCUGCACAGAUUUCGAUAAAACUAUAGUUAUCAAUACGUUUAUCGAACGUGGGUGGAAGCAAGUCGAGCCCAGCGAAGCUUGGAAUAUCUACUGGGCGAAUACAACCAACUGCCGCUCUAUAUUCAACGUAGAGAAUGGCAUCAGACUCAAUGACUACCAACUCAUCAAUCAUUUCCCAAAACACUACGAAUUAGUUCGUAAAGACUUACUAGUCCGAAAUAUAAAGAAAUACCGCAAAGAAUUAGAAAAAGAAGGAAACCCUCUAGCUGAGAAAUGUGAAGUUAUUCAAGGAGGACACAAAGUCACUCGAUAUUUGCAUUUAGAUUUUAUUCCAGUAACCUAUGUCUUGCCUUCAGAUUAUAAUCUGUUCGUGGAGGAAUACCGACGCUACCCAAACACUACAUGGAUCCUCAAACCAACAAGCAAAUCACAAGGAGAAGGCAUUUUCCUCAUAAACAAUUUGUCAAGACUAAAAAAAUGGUCUCGAGAAUCGAGGAAAUACUUACAGCAUCGAUUCACCAACAAGGACUCUUACGUUAUAUCGCGCUACAUAGAUAAUCCGCUAUUGAUUGGAGGAAAGAAAUUCGAUUUGCGGAUUUACGUCCUCGUUACGUCGUUUCGGCCUUUAAAGGCUUAUAUGUUCCGACAAGGCUUUUGCAGGUUCUGUGCGAUGAAAUACGAUUCUAGUGUCGCUGAACUGGACAACAUGUACGUGCAUCUGACGAAUGUGAGCGUUCAGAAGCACGGUGAGGAUUACAACCGUUUGCAUGGCGGCAAACUUGGUAUUCAAAAUUUAAAGCUAUAUUUAGAAGGUACACGUGGCCGCGAAGUAACCGAGCGUUUGUUCCGCAAGAUACCAUGGCUUAUAGUGCAUUCCCUAAAAGCUGUGGCGCCGGUUAUAGCGAACGACCGCCAUUGUUUCGAAUGUUACGGUUACGAUAUCAUCAUAGAUGCUGAUUUGAAGCCGUGGCUUAUUGAAGUGAACGCGUCUCCAUCAAUGACGCCGACGACGCGGAACGACGGUAUCCUGAAGAGGAAACUGUUGGAGAAUAUGUUGUCUGUAAUACUCCCUUCCAACGGGAUACCUGAUGCUCGCUGGAAAAAGACGCCGAGAGACAGAGCUCUGGGGGACUUUGAGCUUUUAAUAGAUGAAAGUAGGUUAUGUACGGAAGAAUCAUAGGUUCAUAAAAAUAUGUAAAAUAUUCGAUUUGAAGUACUUCAUAAAUGUGAACAAAAAAUAUAAGUACAGUCAGCGUCAAAUACUUCGUAGCAGUCAAAGUGGUCAAAUAGUUCGAUACACCAUACUAAAUAUAUGGUGUACCGAACUAUUUGGCUACUUUGGUUGCUACAAAGUAUUUGACGCUGACUGUACAUGCUUAUUUUUUUGUAUUUAAUAAAAAUAACUUCCAUUUAAAUAUGUUUAUUUUUGUAAACUGUUACAGGAAAUUAUCAAUGUUUUUUUAAUUGUGUUAAUGUUGCGAUAUGAACAUUUGUUCAUUUUAUGGUAGGUAGUGGGAUACGUUAUAAGAUAGUGGGAUACGCAAUAACUUACGGGCUGAAUAUAUAGGUCAUUCUGAGCAACAUUUACCAUGGAGUCAACCCCAAAAUCGCACAAAAAAAUUCACUCUCCCAUAGACUAUGUCAAGGUCAGACAGCCAAAAUGUAUGAAACAGCCAUAUGUAUUUUUUUUUUUCGAUUUCGGGGCUGGUACCAUAGUAAAAGUUGCUCAGUAUGACCUACCCUGACCUAUAUAUUCACCCCGUAAAUUAUUUCAGGUGACUAAUUAAACCCCUGUAUAUUUUAUUCUUAAUUUAACUGUUAUAUUGAUAUGUGUUGCCGAGUCCACAGUUGCCCAGAUUUUAUAUGUAAAUUUAAAUCGAGGCAACUGUGGACUGGACCCACUUUUAUCAUUCUUCUUCUUAUCGUAUGAAGGGAUCAUGACUAAAUAAUAUUUUGCAAAUAUCUGGCCACCUCUAACCCCCGGGGGGUAGCUUUUAUGAGGUCUUCUACAGUGCACGUAGUUUAUCAUUUAUCAUCGCACAUUUAUCAUUUAUUCCUUAUCACUAAUAAAUAAAUAUGUACUUGUUAGAAUGGCAUGACAGGCAUGUUGACAAAUGAUAAAGAGCCGACCAUCUCAGCCCUUCAGAUGGAGUAUAUAUUUCUUAUACCCCAUCUUAGACCAGUAGGGCUAAGAUGGUCGGCUCUUUAUCAUUUGUCAUCAAGCCUAUC